UAGGGCCGCAGCCCGCAUCUGCCACCGCAGUCUGCGAGUAGUCCUCAGCGCCUCGGUACUCUAGGCCUCGAGAGACCCCGGGGAGGGAAGCGAGGCCGAGUCCGUAGCUCCAGCCGUUGCUUCCCACAAAGCGGCCCAGCCCAGGUGGGGCGAGGACAGCGGCCACCGGCCGGGAGCAGCGCGCCCCGGAGCAGCGCAGCGAGACGCUCGGUGCGCCCUAUGCCCCCGCGCCCCUGCUGGAGCGCCCCGAGAGAACGCACCACCGCGGGCCCCGGGUGCAGCUAGCGACCUUCGCCCGCAGCGCGCGGCCCAAGGUGAGCGGUGAGCGGCGAGCGGGACGGCGGCGAGGCGUUCGCGGGCCCCCUUCUGCUGCCCGGGCCCGGCCCGCUCAUGGCGGCCAUCCGCAAGAAGCUGGUGGUGGUGGGCGACGGCGCGUGUGGCAAGACGUGCCUGCUGAUCGUGUUCAGUAAGGACGAGUUCCCCGAAGUGUACGUGCCCACCGUCUUCGAGAACUAUGUGGCCGACAUCGAGGUGGACGGCAAGCAGGUGGAGCUGGCGCUGUGGGACACGGCGGGCCAGGAGGACUAUGAUCGCCUGCGGCCGCUCUCCUACCCCGACACCGACGUCAUCCUCAUGUGCUUCUCCGUGGACAGUCCGGACUCGCUGGAGAACAUCCCCGAGAAGUGGGUGCCCGAGGUGAAGCACUUCUGCCCCAAUGUGCCCAUCAUCCUGGUGGCCAACAAGAAAGACCUGCGCAGCGACGAGCACGUCCGCACGGAGCUGGCCCGCAUGAAGCAGGAACCGGUGCGCACCGAUGACGGCCGCGCCAUGGCCGUGCGCAUCCAAGCCUACGACUACCUCGAGUGCUCGGCCAAGACCAAGGAAGGUGUGCGCGAGGUCUUCGAGACGGCCACGCGCGCCGCGCUGCAGAAGCGCUACGGCUCCCAGAACGGCUGCAUCAACUGCUGCAAGGUGCUAUGAGGGCCGCGCCCUGCCUCCCGCCCCUGUCAGCGCGGCUCCCCCCUCUCUGGUCUCGUCCCCCACGAGCCGGGAGAAGGGGAGACCACGUCCCUAAGGACCCCACCAGACAGCCUGGCGUCUGCUGGCGGCUCUGGCUGGUUACGCCGAGAAUUAGCGUGGGCACCGAACGCCCCCUUCCCAGUGUCUGUGUGAGUCGAGCUGUGUGGCACAGGCCUGGGUGGCCUGCUGAGUGCCAAGGGGUCCCUGAGCGUCCUUUUCUCAAGAGCCAGGCCUCAAAGAGUGGUUGUGUGUAUGUACGACUCCCCCCACCCCACCCCACUUUUGCUCCACCCCUGCCCCUGGUUUCUCCAGGGGCAGAGCGCGGAGUGUGGGCGCGCCCCGCUCAGAUGUUCGCUCUUAAUCAGCAAACCAGUGCUGGCCCUUGUCUGUAACAUAGACCCUUGAACGAUGGAUUGGGAGGGCUGGGGAGGAUGGGGGUUAUAUAAAUAUAGAUAUAAUUUUA